CUGUAGUGGAAGCUAAAAGAGGCAGUGGGAAGGGAAAGAUGAGACGAGAGCGACCCGCUCGUCGUCUUCUCGGAUCCAGAGAAAGGAGGGGAGGAGGAAAGGGGGAAACCCUCGCUUUCUUGUCCGUCGCGGCAUUUAGCCCUUCACUUUGGUUCUUUGGAGACAAACCAAAAUGGCAGAUGGUCAUGAAACCGAUAAGAAUAUUGAAAUAUGGAAGAUUAAGAAAUUAAUCAAGGCAUUGGAAUCUGCAAGAGGUAAUGGUACAAGCAUGAUUUCUCUCAUAAUGCCACCACGUGAUCAAGUUUCCCGAGUCACUAAAAUGUUGGGUGAUGAAUAUGGAACUGCUUCGAACAUCAAAAGUAGAGUCAAUCGGCAGUCAGUGUUAGCAGCCAUUACUUCUGCUCAGCAGAGGCUGAAGCUAUAUAACAAAGUUCCUCCGAAUGGUCUGGUUCUUUACACUGGAACCAUUGUCACAGAGGAUGGAAAGGAAAAGAAGGUGACUAUUGAUUUCGAGCCUUUUAAGCCCAUCAACGCGUCACUGUAUCUUUGUGAUAACAAGUUCCAUACUGAGGCUUUAAAUGAACUUUUGGAAUCUGAUGACAAGUUUGGCUUCAUAGUAAUGGAUGGAAAUGGAACACUUUUUGGCACGUUAAGUGGCAAUACACGGGAGGUACUUCACAAAUUCACUGUUGAUCUUCCAAAGAAGCAUGGGCGAGGAGGGCAAUCAGCACUACGAUUUGCUCGGCUUCGGAUGGAGAAGCGUCACAACUAUGUUCGUAAGACAGCUGAACUUGCCACCCAAUUCUUCAUAAAUCCAGCCACAAGUCAGCCAAAUGUAGCUGGACUGAUUCUGGCUGGUUCUGCUGAUUUUAAAACUGAAUUGAGCCAGUCUGACAUGUUUGAUCAGCGACUGCAGGCCAAGAUACUCAAUGUAGUUGAUGUUUCCUACGGAGGAGAGAAUGGCUUCAAUCAGGCAAUCGAGUUGUCAGCGGAAAUUUUGUCUAAUGUGAAGUUCAUACAGGAAAAACGAUUGAUAGGGAAGUACUUUGAGGAAAUAAGCCAAGACACAGGGAAGUAUGUCUUUGGUGUUGAUGACACUUUGAAAGCUCUUGAAAUGGGUGCUGUGGAGACUUUGAUUGUAUGGGAAAAUCUGGAUAUCAAUAGAUAUGUGCUAAAGAACAGUGCUACCGGGGAAAUAAUUGUAAAACACUUGAACAAGGAUCAAGAAGCUGACCAGAAUAAUUUCCGUGAUGCAGCUAACAAUGCUGAAUUAGAGGUGCAGGAGAAAACAUCUUUGCUGGAGUGGUUUGCUAAUGAAUACAAACGUUUUGGCUGUACGCUCGAGUUUGUUACCAACAAAUCGCAAGAGGGUUCACAAUUCUGCAGAGGUUUUGGUGGCAUUGGUGGUAUCCUGCGCUAUCAGCUUGAUAUGAGAUCACUGGACGAAUAUUCUGAUGAUGAAGUGUACGAAGAUUCCGAUUAGAACACAGUAUCUUAUUACAGACAUGGCUCAGGAUAUCUGCUGGUUUCUACCCCAUGGCUUAUAUUGGCUCCCUUCUUUCUUUUCUAAGCAUAUAAUGGCAUGGAGUUCAAACACACUCUUUUGCGCAAGCUUCAUCAGUUGGAGAAAAAAAGGAUUUUAAGUGCAUUUAGUUGAUGAAUUACUAGAUGCAAAUGUCCAGCAGAGAAUCACUGUUUGUUUUGUUCUGGUUGUGGUACUCGAUGCAUUUUUGGAACCUUUGUUUGUGUUAUGUUUUCAUUUUGCCACCAGAUUGGUUUCUUGGCUGUUUCUUCACUUGAGAUCCAAACAUUUGCAUUGACUUGAACUACCUUCUAUGGCAAAUCAUUUUAGAUCA